AUGGAGGUAUAUGUUGAUGACAUGUUGGUGAAAAGCUUAAAAGCUGAAGAUCAUUUGACUGACCUGCAGGAGACCUUCGAGGUACGUAGGCAUAAGAUGAAACUCAACCCCAGCAAGUGUGCCUUUAGGGUUUCCUCAGGAAAGUUCUUGGGAUAUAUGGUAAGCAGAAGACGAAUUGAGGCCAAUCCAGAGAAGAUCCGAGCAGUCAUUGACAUGAGAUCGCCAAGAUCAACCAAGGAUCUACAACGACUAACAGGGAAGAUUGCUGCCUUGAGUAGGCUAAUCUCUCGGUCAACUGACAGUUCUCCCCUACUACUGUCUCGAACCAUACCGGGAGAUGAACUAUACAUAUACCUUGCAGUCUCCACGACAGCUAUCAGUUCAGCUCUGAUACGAGAAGAAGAAGGGGUCCAAAGGCCAGUAUACUUCGUGAGCAAAGCACUUAGGGGUGCGGAGGAAAGAUAUCCAAGGAUGGAACAGUUGGCCUUUGCUUUAAUUGUAUCCGCCAGGAAACUGAGACCAUACUUUCAAGCGCAUACGAUUGUGGUCCUAACAGAUCAACCCCUUCGACAGGUCCUACACAAGCCAGAAAGCUCUGGUCGACUGAUGAAGUGGUUAGUAGAGUUAGGGGAAUUCGACAUUCAGUAUAAGCCAAUAACAGCAGUAAAGACUCAGGUGUUGGCUAAUUUCUUAGCUGAGUUUACCCCUCCAGAAGAGGAGAAACAACCCCAAUUUUCGACAGAACCAGGUUUAAGUGAUCAGAUGAGCCCAGAAGUAGUCUGGGACUUGUUCAUGGAUGGGUCAUCUAAUGUUCAGGCUAGCGGAGCGGGGCUUGUUCUUGUCUCCCCAAAGGGAGAAAGUAUACAGUACGCACUUCGGUUUGGUUUCAAAGCAACCAACAACGAAGCAGAGUACGAAGCCUUGAUAGCAGGAUUAAAAGUGGCAAAUGCCCUAGGGGUUGAGCAAUUAAAGGUGUACACCGACUCCCAGCUGGUCGCUGGACAAGUUCAAGCGGAAUAUGAGGCACGAGACAAGAAGAUGAAGAGUUACCUACAAAAGGUGAAGGAAUUAAAGAAUCACUUCCAAAGAUUCUCAAUUCAUCAAAUACCACGAGAAGAGAAUGGGAAAGCAGACGCUUUAGCCCAGCUAGCUACUGCAUUAGAACCUGAGAUCAAUAAGAAUAUACCACUGGAAUAUUUGGACGAACCAUCUAUAUCUCAGGAGAGACAAAUUGAAGUGCAACAAGCGAUAUUGAGUGUGGAAUGGGCAGAUCCUAUCAUCAGAUAUAUCAAGGAUGGAGUGCUACCAACAGACCGAGCAGAAGCUCGAAAGGUCAAGAUGCGGGCAGCUAGGUAUACGCUUAUCAAAGGGGUGCUUUACAAGAGAAGCUUCUCCAUGCCGUAUUUACGAUGCGUUUCUAGCGAGGAAGCUGACUACAUUUUAAGGGAGAUCCACCUAGGAGUUUGUGGAAACCAUGCUGGGGGUAGGUCACUUGCUAACAAGGCCAUCCGACAAGGAUACUAUUGGCCCACCAUGCCAAAAGAUGCACUUGAUUUCGUUAAAAAGUGCGACAAAUAUCAACGAUUUGCCAACAUCCCGAGACAACCGUCAGAAGAGAUGACUCCCAUGUCAGGACCAUGGCCAUUUGCUCAAUGGGGAAUGGACUUGAUUGGCCUCUCGUCAAAGAGAGUGAUUGUCACAGACAAUGCAAAACAGUUCGAUAACUCUGACUUCAAAAAAUUUUGUUCCGAGCUCGGGAUUCAAAUUCAUUUCUCAUCGCCAGGACAUCCCCAGGCGAAUGGACAGGCCGAAGUCACUAACAGAACAAUCCUUCAGAUGAUUAAGACUCGACUUGAUGCUGCAAAGGGACUAUGGCCUGAGCAGCUGCCGAGUGUACUGUGGGCUUACCGUACUACUGCAAGGACUCCUACAGGGGAAACCCCUUUUCUUUUAGCGUUUGGAAGUGAGGCCGUAGUACCUGUAGAGCUUGGCCUAACAAGUUUUAGGACGGAGCACUACGAGCCCAAGCAGAACGAAAGAGAGUUGGAAAUAAGCUUGGACCUAAUCGAAGAAAGGAGAGACCUAGCCCAUAUUAGGAUGGCUGCCUAUCAACAGAAGGUUUCCAAGUAUUACAAUGCUCGGGUCAAGCCUAGGAGGUUCUCAGUAGGAGAUUUAGUACUCCGCAAAGUUACUUGGGCAACUAAGGAUUCAACCAUAGGGAAAUUAGGUCCCAAAUGGGAAGGACCGUACAAAGUUACGCGAUGUCAGCGACCAGGAAUAUACUGUCAAGUGGUGAGCCCUGGUUCGCAGUUACACUGGCCACACAGGGAGAAAAAAGGAAAACAGACAGCAAACAUCACGUGCCUGACCAUCACGUGCCCGACAACCAAUUGUCCAAAUCCUCAUCACCGCUUACAGACUCUCCACGUUGACAAAUCCGCCGGAAUUCUCUUGUCUCCCAAGCCGUCGCCGGCGGCCGGCAACGUCACAUUCCGACGACGACGACAACAAAUCAACCAAAAUGUUCUAACACAACAUAGUCCAGAUCGAUACAGGUCGUAUAUACAGAGAUCAGAAAGUACAACCACAGAAGACGAAGAAGCAGCAGAGCAUAGACACCAAGGCCACGGACUCGAACGCCGUGACGAGAGACCAGACGAAGCCGUCGACGGAGAAAUCGAGGUCCGGCAACCAUCCGCGGAGGCUCUGUGGGUCCCAACUCGGCGAGAAUCCCCAUGGGAUGAGAGUACUCGGCCAAGUCGGGCUCUGUGGGGUCCAGCUCGGCGUCAAGUAUGA